AACAAAUUCUAAACUGGUAAUAGUGGCAAGGUAUCGAUCACAUACAAGGAAAGUACAAAUUGAAACAUAAGACACAAUAUGAUAAUAGUUUAAGAUUGACUUGGUAUUAGUCAUUUUAUAUUAUCUAAUAGUUGAUUUGAAUAAAAAAUUGACCCAGUGGUGAGUGAAGGGCAUGAGAGCUUCCAUUCUUUCUCACUUAAUCCCACAAUGACAUGCCAUAAGCUCAUUAGAUUGGCUUACCAAAAGCUCAGCAGCACAAUAAAAUUUCAUAGUACCCUUGAAAGAACCUCAAAUUGGAGGGAUCUUAUGAAGAAAGAGUUGGAAAGUGGAAAGUAUUGUACAUCAAAUCCAAGUACUGACCCUGUUUGCAUAUACAGGGUUCCAUCAAGCAUGCUCCAGGUAGAGCCAAAAGCCUAUAGACCCAACAACAUCUCAAUUGGUCCUUUCCAUUAUGGAGCACCACACUUACAAAAGAUGGAAAUGCUCAAGAGGAAGUUCUAUUGCCGCCUCUUUGGUCCAAGUGGUGUGAAUGGAGCUAAACUAGAAGAAGCAUUUAAGUUUCUGGAGGAGCAACAAGUCAACGCUCGACGAUAUUACAUGGAUGAAAUCAAACUGAGCAGCGAUGAGUUCCUCCAGAUGAUGCUAGUUGAUGGCUCCUUCAUUGUUCAGCUGCUGAGGGAUCUAUCAGAGUGUGAGUUUGGACAAGUCCCAUAUCUCAGUAGAUGGAUGCUACCCAUCAUUAGAAGAGAGUUAAUCAUGCUUGAAAACCAGCUUCCAAUGUUUGUUCUGAGCAAGCUAUUUGAGUUGACAGAUAAUACUCAAGCUAAUUCAGAACCAGGUACAGGUCUCAAUCUCAAAGCUCUUGCUCUUCGGUUCUUUUACCCUUUGCUGCAGGUGGACUCAGACAACAUUCCAGAAUGUGAGGAGAAAGGAGAUGAGCUGAGAGGACAUCAUUUUCUCGAUCUUCUUCGAUCGAGUGUUCGGCCAAAACUAAAGGGGGAAAAGCCAAGAGGAUCUCAGCACCACAUGAUUCGAUCUGUAACGGAGCUUAAGCAGGCUGGUGUGAAGAUCAAAGCUGAUGAAACCCGGAAAAUUCUUGAUAUAAGCUUUGGAAGAAAGUGGGGAGUGCUUAUGAGGGAGCUCAAUAUCCCUCCUCUGUACAUCAAUGAUCACAGAGGGACUGUGGUUCGUAACAUAAUGGCAUUUGAGAAGUGCCAUAAGGAAUGCAACCCUGAUGUGACAACCUACUUGUUUUUCUUCAAUGGACUCAUCAACUCAGCAGAAGAUGUGGCUCUUCUUCAUUACAAAGGGGUGCUUCACCAUUCUUUAGGUAAUGACUAUGCAGUGUCUGAGCUUAUCAACAAAAUUUCUGAAGGGGUGGCUCUUGACAAGAAUGAGUCCUACUUGCAUGAAGUGGUGAAUGGUGCAAAUGCCUACUUUGGUUCCUUCUAUGCAAGAAAGAGAGCAACACUGGUGCAUUACUAUUUCACCAGCUGGGUGGUGGGGAUCUCAACAAUUGGUGCGCUCUUGGCCCUUUACUUCACUGUCCUACAGGCUCUUUGCGGAAUUGCAGAUGCGUCAAUGGCCAUGAAGAACUACCACUUUGGAUCUCUCCUCAUAGAAGCAUUUCGUUUCCCAGUUCGUGGAAUUCCUAGCACCGAUAGUAAAGGCAUACACAAUUCUAAAUGUGGUGACUUAUGCAGAGAAGUUCGAGAUUUGUGUAUGGAAAUUUGUCUCACUGAGUAAGGUAGAGCUUGCUUGAAUCAAUACUUCAUCUGUAAUGGGUAGAAGUUCAUGUAGUGCUCUUAUUGGUUUGAAAUGUACUUCACUGGUUGGAAACAGAACAACAUCGGACAAAUAAAUUGAGAUAAACAGGUCUGAUUUUGACA